AUGAGUGCCAGGAUCUCCAAGCAGCUGAGGCUCUCCAUGCCCCCUUGCUUGCUGAACAGGACCUCUUCUUCCAACACCACCAGCUGUGUGACCGAAGUGGAGCCUUUGUUCCAGUCCUUCUCCUCCACUCUGGUCCUGAUCGUCCUGGCCACUGUGAUCUUCUGCCUGGUGGUCUUGUCCCUCAGCACCUUCCACCUGCACAAGAGCAAGAUGAAGAAACGUAAAAUAGAGAAAGCCCAGGAGGAAUACGAGAGGGAUCACUGCAGCCCCAAGGCACAAAGGGGCAACAGACAGCCAAGUAAGGCUCAAGACCCUGGUGGCCACGACUCUCCCGACAUCCAGAGAAGAGACCAGAGCCCCUUCAAUCCCUAUGCCAGGAUGACCGAGCAGCCUCAAAGGGAAGCUUCAAUUUUGGACAAUGCCAAGGAGGACUUGCUGCAAUCCGUGCUCUUGUCAUGA